CUCUUUCUCAUUCUUUUAACUCUCUUAACAUAAACUUUACCAUGGCUCCCAACGAUCCUUCCUUUGACGAGAUCAUCUCAAAGAUCCAGUCAUGCUCCGAUACCACAGCUGUCACAAAGACACUCGCUCCCUUUCUCAAUAACCUUAGUGAACAGGUCUUCGUUGCACGAUCCCACGGUCAAACUGACCCCAUUGACGCGCUCUCGCCCGCUCUUCAUUCUUUCGCCUACCUCUACUUUCUUGUAUACCGAUGCAAAGCUUCACAUGGUUUCCAUCCUUCAUUACUGGAAAAAGUGUGGGCAUUCGUCACAUCAUGUGAUGGAGAGCAGGUCCGCUUGGCUUCCGACAAAGCAUUGAGCUUCGCGGAAGCUCUGGUCAAAAUGGCUACAGAGUCAUCACAGCCUAUCAUUGCCAUCAGACCUCUCGCAGUUUUCAUUAAGAGAAUACAGGCAACCCCAGGCCAGCUCACUAUGAUACACCCCCUUCUCGCAAAGACAUGCUUGCUGGCACAGUCAUUCAAAGAUAUUAUUCCUAUCCUUGACAAUGAUAUUUCAGAUGUUAAUCCUUCGCUCACACAUAUCGAUUACAAAGACUUUCUACUUUACCAUUAUUAUGGAGGAAUGAUUUAUGCAUACCUUAAAAAGUUCGAGCGCGCUGUGGAAUUUUUCAAAUUGGCUGUCUCUGCCCCUGCAGAAGUCGCUAGUGCUAUUCAGAUUGAAGCAUACAAGAAAUAUGUGCUUACAAGUUUGCUACAUUAUGGCAGGGUUUUAGCGCUACCUAAAUAUACGGCCAACGCCGUUCAUAAGUGUAUAAAACUUCAUUGCAUACAAUACACAGAAUUUGCCGCAGCUUAUGAAAAACGACCGAAUAGCGUCAUCAAGUCAGAAUUUGAAAGAAUUAAGCCUGUGUUUCAGCGGGACAAGAACCUUGGAUUAGUCAAGCAAUGCAUGGAAGCUCUUCAUCGCCGAAAUAUCCAGGAACUCACGCGCACGUACUUGACUUUGUCUAUUGAAGAUAUUACAUCUACUAUUGGCCUCGGAUCAGAACCAGAUGGAGCACGGCGUGUGGAAGGGAUCAUCAACCGCAUGAUCGAAUCAGGUGCUAUCUUUGCAACGAUCAGUCACGAGCAUACGGGAGGAAUGGUAUCUUUCCUUGAUGACCCCAACCAACAUAAUAACACUAUUACUAUGGAUAUGAUCAAUGAGCGAAUUCAAAAGGCAACCGCUAUCACAUCUAAUCUUGCUGCUAUGGAUCAGACUAUCUCUACCAUGCCAUCAUAUAUCAGCAAGGUUUGUUGAAUGCACUGGAAAGAUGAGGGAAGUCCACUCAUAAAAAAAGCCUAACCCAAUGUGCUUGAUGUAUUAACACUUAUAGGGCUCACAUUUCGCUGACCGGGCUGGCUAUUCCAUGGAU